UUUUUAACGCUUUUCCCUUGAAUGACGUCACAUUGAAGACAGCCAUUCGCGAAGGCUGGUAAGCGGAAGUUUAUGGAUGAAUGCAAAUUUGUUAUGAGAACAUGGUUGUGCUACGCGCGUUACUGCUGACGUUCCCGCAGCGUGUCAGAUCGUGCAAAUUUUGAGCGAUAUGAGCUAUUUAUUUACCUGUUAGCGUAGCAGGCAAUUGCUAACGUCCCCGAGCGACCUUCGCAAGUGGAUAUGAAGAAACUAAUAGUGGGUGUGGGUGGAAUGACCAAUGGAGGAAAGUCCACUCUUUCCAGAAGUUUAAAAGAGAAGAUACCCAACAGUGUUAUCAUUGCACAGGAUUCAUUUUUCAAGGAUGAUUCUGUGGUGCCAGUGGACGGUAAUGGCUUCAAGCAGUUUGACACGCUGGAUGCUCUCCACAUGGACGCCAUGAUGAGCCAGGUUGACGCGUGGCGAAGAGACCCGCAAGCAUUUUUGAAGGAAGCGGGUCAGACUGCGAAGAGGGUGACGUCAUCAGCCAACCACGUGUUUGUGCUGAUUGUGGAAGGCUUCCUGAUAUUCAAUCACAGACCUUUGAAUCAGCUGAUGAACAAAAGAUACUUCCUGGAAAUACCGUAUGACAUCUGCAAGAAAAGACGAAGUUUGAGGGUUUACAAGCCACCUGACCCACCGGGCUACUUUGACGGACAUGUAUGGCCCAUGUACUUGAGGAACCGCCAGGAGAUGGAGAGCACGGCGACGGGAAUCUGUGCGUCUCAGACAUUUGAAAAUAUUUUUGGAUGGAUUGAAGUCAAAGGAGGAGCUGCUAGCCGCUGUGUAUCAAGACGUUAGUCAGGAAAUAAACACGCCGAGAGAGGAGGACUGAAAUCCGGAUGAACUGGAAGACCUCAGUCUCAUGUUUACCAAAAAAAAAAAAAAAAAAGGACCAAACUAAUUCAUUCACAGUGUAUGUGGUAACAAUUUUACAUAUUUUCAUGGUUAAAAAAAGCAGUCGAUGACUUGAGUAUGCAUGCACAGAAAAAGUUGCACAGUAAGUAUGACUACAGGAAAUACAUUUUCCAUCCAUCUA